GCACCAAAAUUCAUGAUCGUUUGGACAAUUAUAUAAACAGUAUCAGAUGAGAGUUCAUCCUUCAAGGAGAAGAGAGGUUCAACAUAUAUAUGUAGAACUGGCCUUUUGAGGCAUAAAAGCCACCGUGCUAAAACUUGCAACUGUUGUGUUGCAUCAUGGUUGCCGGCUCACUCCCCAUUGAUGGAGAAGCACAGCUGCCAAUGUCCAACCGCAAGCAAGGCGGUUGGAUCACAAUUCCAUUCAUCAUAGCAACUAUGGCGGGCGUGACACUGGCAUCCCAAGGAUGGGUGAACAACCUUAUUGUAUUUUUGAUUGGGCAGUUCAAUGUCAAAAGCAUUAAUGCUACCCAAAUUUUUAACGUCAUUAAUGGCUGCGUUACUAUGUUUCCCAUCCUCGGAGCAAUCGUUGCUGACUCCUUUCUGGGCUCGUUCUUUGUCAUCUGGAUUUCUUCUCUCAUCUCUGUACUGGGCAUAAUUCUUUUAAUCCUAAGUGCGACACUCGACUCUCUGAGGCCUCCACCAUGUGGAAAUGGAUCAAAUUUGUGUAUCACCCCAUCAAAACUCCAAUUUGCAGUUUUAUAUCUGGGUAUUACUCUUGCAACUAUCGGCGCCGCAGGUACACGGUUCACCCUAGGAGCAAUGGGCGCCGAUCAAUUCGACAACCCCAAGCAUCAAGGAAGCUACUUCAACUGGUUCAUCUUCACCCUGUACAUGGCAUCCAUAAUAAGCGGCACAGCAAUUAUCUACGUUGAAGACAGUGUAAGUUUUGGAUUGGGGUUCGGCCUAUGUGCUGCCGCUAAUGUAAUUGGCUUAGUCAUUUUCGUAUUGGGAAAACGAUUCUACCGCCAUGUUAAGCCACAAGGGAGCCCAUUCACAAGCUUAGCUCGUGUUUUUGUUGCGGCUAUUCGGAAGAGGAAAAUCUUGCAUUCACAAAGAAGUGAAGAUUAUUACAACACAAUACAUGACGGAGUGACAAUGAUGGUUGUGACAACACCUACAAAAACGUUCAAGUUUCUGAACCGCGCAGCUCUGAAAACUGAAGGGGACAUCAAAGCAGAUGGCUCGAUUGCAAAGUUGUGGAAUCUGUGCACAGUACAACAAGUAGAAGACCUCAAAGCUCUAAUCAAAAUUGCCCCAUUAUGGUCAUCCGGUAUAUUCUUAAGCACACCACUGGCCAUCCAAUACAGCUUAGCAACCCUUCAAGCUCUCACCAUGGACCGCCACCUCGGACCUCAUUUCAAAAUCCCACCUGGGUCCAUGGCAGUCUUCAUAAUGAUCGCUACUUGCAUCACCAUCGUCCUGCUAGACCGGUUCUUAUAUGCCGCCUGGCAGAAGCUCACAAGUCGAUUCCCAACACCGCUACAGCGAGUAGGGAUAGGGCACGUGCUAUGCGUGCUCAGCAUGGCCUUGUCAGCCAUAGUAGAGUCAAAGCGGCUCAAAAUAGCUCGGUCCCAUAACCUCCAAGACCAAAGUGUUUUGAUCGUGCCAAUGUCCGCCUUCUGGCUAGUACCACAGCUAGCCCUAGCUGGUAUCGGAGAAGCAUUUCAUUUUCCGGGAAACACCGCAUUGUUUUACCAGGAAUUCCCGAUGUCCCUAAAAAGUACGUCGACGGCGAUGGUGGCGAUGUUCGUUGGUAUUGCAUAUUAUGUGAGCACGGCCUUGGUAAGUGGCGUUCAGAGGACCACCGGAUGGUUGCCGAAUAAUAUAAAUCAUGGGAGGAUGGACAAUAUGUACUGGCUGUUAUUUGUGAUUGGUGUUGUCAAUUUUGGAUAUUUUGUAGUGUGUGCUUGGUUGUACAAAUAUCAGGGUGUUGCAAAGGUGGUAGAUGAGAAUCCUAGUUCUGAUGAUAAGUAAUGUAUAGAAAAAGCAUUUAAAUGCUUUUGAUGUAUUUGCUAGUGUAUCUCUCUCAUAUAUGAGGUUGAUACAUCUACCAGCACGUGAUUAUGUGUGUAUGAUUUAAAUAAGUAAAAUAAAAUAAAAUAAUAAUCAUUUAUUGUGUAUUA